AUGGUUGAGCUCCAAGCUGUGUUUGUCGCCAGACCCACAUUCUGUAGUAUUGACUUCUCCCGCCGGGCUGCCAUUACCCCGCACAUCCCACCCGACCCGCCCGGACUGUCCAGCGGAUGCUUCUCUGGCCAGUUCCUUGCCAAGGCCUUCGAGAUCCAGUCCAGUUUGCUCCCCUCAUCGGCCACCUACAAUCUUUCGCUCGGAACCCUUGGUCUCCAGCCCAAGCCGUUGGUAUUGACUGGAAGUGAUGACAUGUCAAUCCAGCUGUGGGAUUGGGACAAGUCAUGGAAAUUCCUUCAGGUUUUCAAAGGACAAACGCAUUACAUCAUGAACUUGGUGUUUAACCCGAAGGAUUCCAACACCUUCACAUCAUCUUGUUUAGAAUACACCGUGAAGAAAGGUGACAAUUAUGUUGAAUACCACCAUGGUGGAGACAAGCCUUAUCUGGUCACCACUGGUGAUGAUCGACUCAUCAAGAUUUGGGACUGCCUCUCUAAAUCAUGUAUACAAACGCUCGAAGGUCAUCAAUCAAAUGUUUCCUACGCUAUUUUCCACCCCACACUGCCUAUCAUCAUCUCGGACUCAGAGAAUGGCACCGUCAAAACUUGGCAUUCCUCGACUUAUCAACUGGAAAAUACGCUGAAUUACGGACUGGAACGGGCCUGGUGUGUCACUUACAGCAAAAACAGGACUGACAUUGGCUUGGGAUUUGACGAAGGCUCAGUGGUAGUCAAGCUCGGAAGAGAGGAACCGAGUAUUAGCAUGGAGGUCGGAGGCAAAAUAGUCUUUACUAGGAACGCUGAAGUAGUGACUUGCAAUGUUGCGGCUGCACAAGUAUUUGCCCAAACUCUCAAGCAGUCGCCGAAUGGCCGAUCCAUGACGGUAUGUGGAGAUGGCGAGUAUGUCAUCUAUACAGCUCUAGCGUGGCGAAACAAGUCAUUUGACACCGUUAUCAGCUUUGCUUGGGCAGCAGAUUCCAAUACGUAUGACGUCAGAGAAACUGCCCUGAAGUUGAAGCACGAGACCGCACUCCUUCCUGAUGAAUUCAUUACCCAGUAUGCCAUGAGAAGAGAUCGUCUUAAGUCGGCUUGGAAAUCAAUCGAAAAAUCAAUGUGCGCCGCCUUCUUCGUAUGCCAGUAUCAUACAAAAAACUGGACAACCUCAACCAGCUACCUGGAACCACUCGAAGAAUGUGACUGUGGCAAUAAUCGUAAACGAUCGGUUGAUUUGAUACAUACACACGACCGCUUUCAUCGCCAAGAAGUAGAGUUCUGUUCUUGCAUUCCUGACGCUAUUCGCUUGAUUCACCUUGGAUAUAUCCCUGCAUCCCCCUCAGCACCCCGGACAGCGUUCUCUAUCCCCCUUGUUCAGCUGUACCAGCAUUUAUGGCAUGAGUCAGCAAUUCCUUACACCUCAUUCAUUGCCGGCAUCAUGUACCAUCAAGAUACCAGAUCAAGGGACAAGUUGUAUGCCCGCGGCCCAAGUGGCAACCCACGUGACUUGCGAAUUCCUUUCUCACAAGCAAUUGAUAUCUACAGCCAGAUCCAAACACUCCAAAAAGAUUUGAUUACAAUUUCUCUGGGCCUAAAAAACCAGGAUCAUUGGGCAGCAAAAUGCCCUGCAUGUUUUGGGCCUGAAAAGCCCGAUGAACAGAGUCAGCCUAGGACCGGCGAAGCCUAUGCCAUAAUUGCAAUGGAUGGCAACUUUCAACAUCGGCACCACAAGUUUGCAAGCACCAAUGUCCCCACCGAAGCUGAUUACCCGUCAAACUUUAUCCCUACUUCCCAAAUUGUCACUCAUGAGGUUCGAUGCCAAUCGACUGACGAAGAUGUCGCUGGGCUUAGGGCAAGUGUCAUUCCUUGCGAGUGGAUGAAUCGACACCUUGACCAAGCGCAUGCAUACUUGAGUGAAUGUCAAGUUAAACUCAAUGAAAUUUACAAUCAAACCAAUCCAUUUGCCGAAGAGGGCGAGUGUUACUCGCAGGCAUUUUUUGAGCAGCAGUGGGUUCUUGAGCGCACCUACUAUCGUGAUCGAAACAAUGAAAAAGUUGAGCAGAAAUUAGAACUAGGCCGUUUGCUUACAUUAGAAGAAGACCUAAAUGCAGCUUGGGAAACUAUUCCCAAUACACCCGAGGAUACACUGGCACGAGUGAAUAGAAUCAGUGAAACUCGGGCAAAAGUAGAGCAACAGCGUCAACGCAUUGGAGCCGAUCAAAUUCUUGAAGGGGUCACCCGCGCCCAUGAGGGUUUAUUCUUGAAAGUCUGGUGGGCCAAAACAGAUUUGAGGCGCAAAUACCUGGCCCUGCUUGAGGAGAAGCGACCACUGGAUGCAGUGCGGAUGGGUACAGCUUCAAAGCUAGGCACCGAUGGGAAAGAGCGCCUGAUAGCUUCGAUUCGCAAAAAAACACAUGCACUACAAGCUGUGGUCAACACUUACAACCGUCAUCUUGACGCUUUCCAUGUCGCUUUCCCCGAUCGACCUAUCCUGGAGAGAGCAGUUUACGACUCAAUACUGCGCAUGGAACCUGAUGAUAUAUUCUGGAAGGAUGGCGUUUUCACGAACCACGAAGAACCGUGGGCCAUUGAUCCUGACACUCAAGAUGGUAUGAGACUUGUUGCCCGCCAGCAGCGAGCACGUGAGGAGGCUCGUCGAAUAGGUCGGGAGAUGCGUAGGGCAAUCCGCUGGGCUGUCACAGAGCACCAACGGAUUAUCCCUUUGAUGUUCGGACUAGCGACAGAAUCGGAAUGGGUCAAGACUCGACUUCAGCCUGUGUUGAAUCAUCCAAUGCUGCAAACGCUAUCGCUCGAGGAUCAAUUGGAUUGCAUGAAAGCCAUUCUACACAACCACUUCAUCCUCUUAUCCAGACUGCAACUUGAAUGGAACAAAAAUGUCGAGCAUAUAAUUUCCAACACAGGUCCUUACGAGAACGAUGCUGAUCUCUUGAGAGAUUGGAACGAACAGGUGCUCCGGUUGUCCUUUCUAAAACAAACCGGUAACUUAUCCAUGGUCUCCGGGGACUUUGAAAAUGCCAUCGGUAACAGCUUGGACAACAUUGAUGAAUCAGUGAUGCGUGAUUUUCUGGCUCAAGAGUUUGAUGCAACCGCCGGUCCGACAAAUACGCACAAUGAGAACGACCCCAAUGAUGAUGCUUUCAACCUUCCUGCAAACAUACCCGGCCAACCCAACACGGGUCUGAUCGGGCCAGAUGAUUUUGAGAGGGCCCUAGAGGCAGAUGAACUGGAUCAUAUUUUUGUAGCAAACCUUCAAAUCAACUAA